AUGGCGCUACAGUCUCCGGGCGCCGCCGGAGCUUCAUCUUCCGUUUCUCGGCUUCUCUCCUCCGCGAAAUUAAGUUCUACUAAGACUCUCUUCUCUGUCGACUUCGUCGGAUCCUGCUGUAUUUCCAAGGGAACCAAACGGCGUAAUGAACUCUCCGGGUUCCGCGGCUACAGUCCACUGCUGAAGUCCUCGCUAAGGUCUCCGUUGUCGGCAAAAGCGAACCUGAAUUUUGACCGGCCCGCCGGCGAUGCGUCGGCUUCCUAUUCUCAUCUGAAACCCGAGGUGGCGAACUUAGAAGAUAUAAUCUCGGAAAGAGGAGCAUGUGGGGUUGGGUUCAUAGCGAACUUGGAGAACAAGGCUACACAUAAAAUUGUAAGUGAUGCUCUGAUAGCACUUGGCUGUAUGGAACACAGGGGAGGUUGCGGUGCUGAUAAUGCUUCUGGCGACGGUUCUGGUUUGAUGACUUCCAUUCCUUGGGAUCUAUUCAACGAAUGGGCUGAGAAGCAAGGAAUGGCUUCUUUUGAUAAGCUUCAUACGGGUGUUGGAAUGCUGUUCCUACCGCGAGAUGAAGACAUCAGGAAAGAAGCCAAGAAAGUGGUUACAAGUAUUUUCGAGAAGGAGGGCCUGGAGGUGCUUGGAUGGAGGGAUGUUCCUGUAGAACCGUCCAUUGUCGGCCAUUAUGCGAAAAAGACGAUGCCGAAAACGGAACAGGUCUUUGUUAGAAUUGUCAAAGAAGAUAAAGUAGACGACGUUGAAAGAGAGCUUUACAUUUGCAGGAAGCUGAUUGAAAGAGCUGUUGCUUCUGAAAGUUGGGCCUCUGAGCUCUACUUCAGUUCCUUGUCCAACCAGACCAUUGUUUACAAGGGAAUGCUUCGCUCAGAAGUUCUUGGGUUAUUUUACCCCGACCUUCAAAAUGAUCUUUAUAAAUCUGCUUUUGCCAUCUAUCAUCGAAGAUUUAGCACAAAUACUAGUCCCAGAUGGCCUCUUGCUCAGCCAAUGAGGUUUCUUGGACACAACGGGGAGAUCAAUACCAUACAGGGGAACCUAAACUGGAUGACAUCUCGAGAAGCAUCUCUAAAAUCACCUGUUUGGCAUGGACGUGAAAAUGAUAUUCGCCCAAUUAGCAAUCCAAAGGCUUCGGACUCCUCUAACCUUGAUAGUGCUGCGGAAGCUGUAGACUUUUAUGAUUAUUACAAGGGCCAGAUGGAACCCUGGGAUGGACCUGCAUUGAUAUUGUUCAGUGAUGGAAAGACUGUUGGAGCUUGCCUAGACCGCAAUGGACUUCGGCCUGCUAGAUAUUGGCGGACAAGUGAUAAUGUUGUCUAUGUAGCCUCUGAGGUCGGAGUUCUACCAAUGGAUGAAUCGAAAGUCACAAUGAAGGGUCGUCUAGGACCUGGUAUGAUGAUAUCUGUUGACUUAGAAAGUGGACAGGUAUAUGAGAACACAGAAGUGAAGAAGCGGGUUGCAUCAUAUAACCCAUAUGGAAAGUGGGUUAGUGAAAACCUGCGAACUCUGAAGCCUUCUAGUUUUCUUUCGUCAGCAGUCAUGGAGACUGAAGACACCUUAAAACGCCAACAGGCGUUUGGCUACUCGAGCGAAGAUGUUCAAAUGGUAAUUGAGUCAAUGGCGGCACAGGGAAAAGAACCGACGUUUUGCAUGGGGGAUGAUACACCUGUGGCAGUAUUGUCUCAGAAGCCACAUAUGCUUUAUGAUUAUUUCAAGCAGCGGUUUGCUCAGGUUACGAAUCCAGCUAUUGACCCUCUUCGAGAAGGAUUGGUCAUGUCACUUGAAGUAAAUAUUGGAAAACGUGGGAAUAUAUUGGAGGUUGGGCCUCAGAAUGUUUCACAGGUUGUUUUGUCUGGUCCUGUACUAAAUGAACGGGAGCUUGAAGGCUUGCUCAGCGAUCCACAUUUGAAAUCUCAAGUCUUGCCCACAUUUUUUGACAUACAUAGAGGAAUCGAAGGAUCUUUGAAGAAGGCUCUUCUAAAACUCUGCGAAGCUGCAGAUGAAGCUGUUCGUAAUGGUUCCCAAGUGCUUGUUCUCUCAGACAGAUCUGAUAAUCCGGAACCAACUCGACCUGCAAUUCCAAUGUUGUUGGCGGUAGGUGCUGUUCACCAACAUCUGAUUGAGAACGGUCUUCGAAUGUCAGCUUCAAUAAUUGCAGAUACAGCUCAGUGCUUUAGUACGCAUCACUUUGCCUGUUUGAUUGGAUAUGGAGCAAGUGCUAUAUGCCCGCACCUGGCACUGGAGACAUGCAGACAGUGGCGUCUGAGCAACAAGACCGUGAACAUGAUGAGAAACGGAAAAAUGCCUACUGUAACUAUGGAACAGGCUCAAAAGAAUUAUCGCAAGGCUGUUAACACUGGUCUUCUUAAGGUUCUCUCUAAGAUGGGCAUCUCGUUAUUCUCUAGUUAUUGUGGAGCCCAAAUUUUUGAGAUUUAUGGGUUGGGGAAGGAGGUUGUUGAAUUUUCAUUCCGUGGUAGUGCAUCUCGAAUUGGUGGGCUAACUUUGGAUGAGCUGGCUAGGGAGACAUUAACUUUUUGGGUGAGGGCAUUUUCUGAGGAUACAGCCAAACGGCUAGAGAAUUUUGGUUUCAUUCAAUUUAGGCCUGGAGGCGAGUAUCAUGGCAACAACCCAGAGAUGUCUAAAUUACUACACAAAGCCGUCCGCGAAAAGAGUGAGACAGCAUAUGCAGUCUAUCAGCAGCAUUUAGCCAACCGUCCCAUUACGGUUUUCCGCGAUCUUCUUGAGUUCAAAAGUGACCGUAAGCCUAUUCCUGUUGGGAAGGUUGAGCCUGCUUCCUCUAUUGUGGAGCGGUUUUGUACCGGUGGAAUGUCUCUUGGAGCAAUCUCGAGAGAAACUCAUGAGACAAUUGCUAUUGCAAUGAACAGAUUAGGGGGAAAAUCCAAUUCAGGGGAAGGAGGGGAGGAUCCGAUCCGCUGGAAGCCGCUAACAGAUGUUGUUGAUGGGUACUCUUCAACGCUACCACAUCUUAAAGGUCUUCGAAAUGGGGAUACGGCUACAAGUGCUAUCAAGCAGGUUGCUUCAGGGCGUUUUGGUGUCACUCCGACGUUUUUGGUUAAUGCAGACCAGUUGGAAAUCAAAGUUGCUCAAGGAGCGAAGCCAGGUGAAGGUGGCCAACUUCCUGGAAAAAAAGUUAGCGCAUAUAUUGCUAGACUUAGAAAUUCUAAACCAGGAGUUCCGCUUAUAUCCCCACCUCCACAUCAUGAUAUUUAUUCCAUAGAGGAUCUGGCACAGUUGAUCUUUGAUCUUCAUCAGGUUAACCCUAAGGCGAAGGUGUCUGUCAAGCUUGUAUCAGAAGCUGGAAUAGGAACAGUUGCCUCAGGAGUAGCGAAGGCUAAUGCUGAUAUCAUACAGAUAUCUGGGUAUGAUGGUGGCACUGGUGCCAGCCCUAUAAGUUCCAUAAAGCAUGCUGGUGGCCCAUGGGAACUUGGACUAGCUGAAACCCAGCAGACUCUCAUUGGAAAUGGACUCAGGGAAAGAGUAAUUAUCAGGGUUGAUGGUGGAUUCAAGAGUGGUGUUGAUGUGUUGAUUGCUGCAGCUAUGGGCGCUGAUGAGUAUGGGUUUGGUACCCUGGCAAUGAUUGCCACAGGAUGUAUUAUGGCUCGCAUUUGCCAUACUAAUAACUGCCCUGUUGGUGUUGCCAGUCAGAGAGAGGAACUGCGUGCACGUUUCCCUGGUCUGCCUGGUGAUCUUGUCAAUUUCUUCUUGUAUAUUGCCGAGGAGGUGAGGGGGAUAUUAGCUCAGUUGGGAUAUGAAAAAUUGGAUGACAUAAUCGGGCGGACAGACUUGCUAAAGCCAAGGGAUAUCUCGCUCGUGAAAACUCAUCUUGACCUCAGUUAUCUCUUAUCUUCUGUUGGGCUGCCAAAACGUAGCAGUACUUCCAUUAGGAAGCAGGAGGUUCAUUCAAACGGUCCUGUCCUUGACGAUACUCUACUUCAGGAUCCGGAGAUAAGGGAUGCAAUUGAGAAUGAAAAAACGGUUCACAAAACCACGAGUAUAUACAAUGUGGACCGUGCUGUUUGCGGCCGGAUUGCAGGGGUGAUUGCGAAGAAAUACGGAGACACUGGUUUUGCUGGGCAGCUGAACCUAACGUUCACUGGAAGCGCUGGUCAAUCUUUUGCAUGUUUUCUAUCACCUGGAAUGAAUAUACGUCUUGUUGGUGAAGCCAACGACUAUGUGGGAAAGGGAAUGGCCGGAGGUGAAGUUGUGAUAUUACCAGUGGAAUCGACUGGUUUUCGUCCUGAAGAUGCAACUAUUGUAGGAAACACUUGUCUGUAUGGUGCAACUGGUGGGUUUCUAUUUGUCAGAGGCAAAGCAGGCGAGAGAUUUGCGGUUAGAAACUCUCUAGCUCAAGCUGUAGUUGAAGGCACCGGAGACCACUGCUGUGAAUAUAUGACUGGUGGUUGUGUCGUUGUACUUGGGAAAGUCGGUAGAAAUGUAGCCGCCGGGAUGACAGGUGGAUUGGCGUAUAUUCUUGACGACGACAACACUCUCCUCCCUAAGGUGAACAAAGAAAUAGUGAAGAUCCAAAGAGUGACUUCACCGGUAGGACAAACACAGCUUAAGAGCCUGAUUCAAGCUCAUGUGGAGAAAACGGGGAGCAGCAAAGGAGCAACGAUUGUGGAGGAAUGGGACAAGUAUCUUGCAAUGUUCUGGCAACUUGUACCGCCGAGUGAAGAAGACACACCGGAAGCUAACUCCGACCACAUCCUGAAAACAACCACCGGAGACGAAGAACAGGUGUCAAACACAUUUGCAGUGUAG